AUGACAUCGAUUCGGUAUGAAAUCAACGAUGAAUUCUAUCUCAAUGAUAUAUUGAGCAAAGAAGACAUUCCAUCAUUGAUUAAAUACCUCAAUAAUCCCAAAUUGAUUGGCAACACUUUGACUAUACCUCAUCCAUUCACGGUAUCCGAUGGUGAAACACUAAUGGAAUCAAUGAAAUCGAUUUCACCCAAAUUAAAACGUUUAUUCACUCUUCGCUUGUGUCUUACAGAUGAGCUUGUAGGUAUAUGCAGUCUCUCUCGUUCAAGCAAUGAGGAUCAUAUCGCCGAACUUAGCUGUUGGUUAGGUGAACCAUUUUGGCAUCGUGGUUUGAUGCCUCAAGUUAUACGCAAAGUUAUCGAAGUAGUAUCAAACGAAUGGGACAACUUGAUUCGAAUCGAAGCUCAUGUAUUUCCAUGGAAUAAACCAUCGAUGCGUAUGCUUGAAAAGAUUAAUUUUCUCUUCGAAGCUACUUUACGUAAACAUAACUUCAAGAACGGACAAUACAAUGAUGGUUUACUGUACUCAUUUAUUAUAGAAAAAUAA